UAUAUAUAACUGAAUAUGUUUGAAAAAAUAUUUGUUACAUAUACAUAGUAAGAUAUUUCUUUGGGUAAGUAAUACAAAAUAUUUAAAAAUGUUCAGAAAAAGAAAAAAAAGUAGCAAACUUGUUCGAAUGAACGAAGAGGAACGUAUGCGAUAUAUGCAACAUCGUCUUGAAUUUGAAUUAGAAACUAAAAGACGUAAACAACAAUUAAUUGCUAUCUUUACUAAGAACAAAUUAAAACACGAAGAAGUAUUUUCAAAAUUAAAUAUUGCAAAAAUUAAUGAAAAAUGGAGAUAUGUUUUGCGACAAAUAAAAUGCAAGGAAUUUCAUAAAAACGUAAAAUAUCUCAAUACAACUUUUGACAGAGUAGUAAAAAUUAAAGAUGCGACAAUUUCUUAUUUAUAUAAUGAAUUAAAAAUAGUAGAUACAGAUCAUAGAAAACUUCAAGAAACUUAUAUUUUACUAAUCAAUAAUAUAAUUGCAAUAUAUAAACAAAAAUUAGUAGAAUUACAUGAUAUGUAUAAAUUAAAUAAUAUUAAAAUGAAUAGUAUGAUAGAGUUAAUUGAAUUGAGAAAUUACAUAGGACAAUAUAAAGAAAUUGCUAACAACAUAACCAGAAAAUGCAUAAUCUUUGACCAAACACAAACUAUAAGGAAAACAUACAACGCUACUAAUAUUUUUAAUAUUUUAUAUUUGGAGAAGGACAGAGCAUCACAUUUUAUACAUCAAGCUUUUUUAAAAAUAGAAAAGUUUUGGGAACAGUUAUGUAGAAUAAUAAAUGAAUAUCAAAGAAUAAUUGAAAACAAAAAAAAGCAGUAUGAAUAUUUAAAAGAACAAGAUGAUGUUCAUCAAAUGUGUUUAUUACAAUAUCCAAAAAUAUAUUUACAAUUGCAAAAUAUAAUUGAAACUUUAAAAGUCAAUGUACGAAUACUAUCAGAAAAAAGAAAAGUACAAAUUGCAAAACUUAAAAGAAAAGAUAUAAACAUACAGGAAAGAUACAAAAACAUUAAAUAUAAAUUUACUGUAACUCAAAUGAUAAGUUCUGUACAGUUGAAAAAAUUGAUUGUUAGAAGCAAUGAAGUUUUAAAACACUUACAAAAAAUUUUGAAAAAAAGUUCCAUAAUUCUUGAAAUAAUUAAAAUAUGCACCACUUUGGAACCUUUAUUUUUUAAUUUGAAGAAAUAUUUUAUGCAAAAUACACUUUAUACUGAAUACGUCGAUGCUAAUAUCCCUGAAUCAUGUGCUAAAGUCAACAAUUUUUGGGAAUAUUUUAAUUAUAUAAAAGGAAAUAAUAUUUUAUUAAAAAAACAAACUAACGAACUUUGUAGAGAAAAUAAAAAAUUAAAAUGUAAACUGCAAAUAUAUUUCUCAGUAGAUUCCGGUAUGUUAAUAUAUUUAAUUACUUUAUUGUUUUAUUAUUUUUUAUUAUUAUAAAUAAAAAAAUAUAGUAGAAUUAAGAAUGUGUAUUAUAAUUUUUAUUUAACAUAUACCAAUUUUAUUUCAGGAAUAGUUACGAAUAUCAAUUUUGAGUCCUUCAACAACAAAAAAAAUA